UAAUGUCCGGAUUUCCAUGUCUAAUACAUUAAACAGAGACGCAGGUAACGUUUUACAGAAAGAAAGGUAGAGAGAAAAGAUCACAAUCAAAACACCAAACGAUUGCUCACUCUAUACCUCUGUCUCCCAUUGUUGUUGUCGGGACAACCUCUGUUCACAGCUUCGUCGUCUCCUUCUUCUUCUUCUUCUUGGACUAACUGCUAUUUUGCUGUCAACUUCACAAAAAUAUGGUGAACUGGGAAUAACAUGGAGAUGGUGCCAACUGAUCUGCGGAUGUUCUGAAUAAGUGCAUUGAGUUGAAGAUUGAAUGCUUGUUUGGCUGAGGCAGAGGGUUGUGAUAAACCAUGGUCCUAGACAGCUUAUCUUCUCCACAUCGGAGGUCCCAAAACCCACUGUCAUCCUCAUUUAGGAAACAGUUCCCAGCCCAUGAUGAAUUUGGAAGCUUGUCAACACUUGUUCAACGGCACCGUUUUCUUCUAUCAACGCUUGCUCUUCUAGCUUUCCUGUGCUGUAUUUAUCUCUACUUUGCUAUCACUCUGGGAGCCACUGAAUCUUGUUCAGGGUUGACAGGAGCGCAAAAGGCAUUGUGUCGAUUGGAGGAGGCAAAAGCAUCUGUAUCCAAAGGGAAACUGAAAUUUUUCUGAUAAGUUUUUUAACAUUUUUUUUUUUUAGAUUUGCUAUAAAAUAUGUAUGCCAAUUGGAAUUCAAUCAUUCUUAUAUCAAGUAUAUGGGGAAUUUUCUGUUCUAAUAGUCGUCUGAACGUUGGAUUGAAAUAUUGUAACAUUUUAUGAUUAAUUUCGUUAUAAAACUGUAGUUCUGAUGGAA